UCAAAGAAUGAAAAGAUGUGACCAACCGAACAAUGAACUUCAAAUGUGAUGGUACGGACAGUGGGCGAUGCUUUGGCGCCAUCCAACCUCCCCACUCCGAACCUCUGUAAGCACCCACCACCGCUUCAACUGCCAGAAACCCCAAUGGCGGCUCCCCAAUCUUCCUCCUCCGAAACCAUGACGUUAGAUUCCGCUCACCUUUUUCUCAACUCCCACAAAUCACUCUCUCAACACCAAUCUCCCCAACCCCCUCCACCUCCCUCCCUCUCUUUUCUCUCCAAUCACUCCCCUCUCCCCCCAAUCCCCACCAAUUUUCCUCAGUCCAAGCUCAUUCCCAAAUCCCGGUUCGUUGUCGAUGGGUUUCGGUGCUCCGGCGACUACUCCGUCACCUACUUCCUCUCUCACUUCCACUCCGAUCACUAUUCCGGGCUCAGCCCUAAGUGGUCCAAUGGUAUUAUAUUCUGUUCAAAUACAACUGCACGCCUUCUCGUUGAAGUGCUUGGGGUCUCUUCUUUGUUUGUUUAUCCUUUGGCGGUGUCCCAACCCGUUUUGAUUGAUGGAUGUGAAGUGGCGCUUCUCGAUGCAAAUCACUGCCCCGGAGCGGUGCAAUUUUUGUUCAAGGUUCCUGGUGUGGAUGGUAGGUUUGAAAGGUAUGUUCAUACUGGUGAUUUUAGGUUUUGUGAAUCGAUGAAAUUGGAGCCUUGUUUGGGUGAAUUUGUUGGUUCUGAAGCGGUUUUUUUGGAUACGACCUAUUGUAAUCCAAAGUUUGUAUUUCCGUCUCAAGAUGAAUCUGUUGAUUAUAUAGUUGAGGCGAUAGAGAGAAUUGGCCUUGAGAACAAGGGUUUGAUGAAGUCUGUUUUGUUUCUUGUAGCUACUUAUGUUAUUGGAAAAGAGAGGAUAUUGCUUGAAAUAUCAAGAAGGCGUAACUGUAAAAUACAUGUAGAUGGUAGAAAAAUGUCGGUGUUGCGAGUUUUAGGGUAUGAGGAUGGUGGGGUAUUUACAGAGGAUGAGUCUAAGAGUGAUGUUCAUGUUGUUGGAUGGAAUGUAUUGGGUGAGACUUGGCCUUAUUUUAGACCCAAUUUUGUGAAGAUGAAGGAGAUUAUGAUUGAAAGAGGGUACUCAAAAGUUGUGGGCUUUGUUCCUACAGGGUGGACGUAUGAAGUAAAGCGCAACAAGUUUGCCAUGAGGACUAAGGAUUCAUUUGAGAUCCAUCUUGUACCAUACAGUGAACAUUCAAACUAUGAUGAGCUCAGAGAAUAUGUUAAAUUUUUGAGACCAAAGCGUGUUAUUCCUACAGUAGGAUUGGACAUUGAGAAACUUGACAGUAAACAUGCUAAUGCCAUGAGAAAGCAUUUUGCUGGUUUGGUUGAUGAAAUGGCCAUCAAGCAUGAAUUCUUGAAGGGUUUUCAACGUGGGUGCCUGGAAGCAGAUGAAAAUGUUGAAAAUAAUACGAGAACUGUCCUGAACAAGGAGCUGGAUGCAGAGAAACAUGUGACUUUUUCCAAAAGGAAAACGAAAGAAAGUACAGAAUCAGGAUUUCUUGCAGUAUCUUCAUCUUCUAUGCAAGAACCUGGUUCACGAGAUUCAACUUUGCUGAAUGAUAAAGGAUCAGAGGAAGUCAUACAAGAACUUCGUGAUUGCUUGCCCAUCUGGGUCACUCAAAACCAGAUGUUAGAUCUCCUUAGCUGCUCAGAUGGAAAUGUCAUUGAAGCAGUUUCUAAUUUCUAUGAGCGUGAAACUGAAUUUCGUGAGCAGGUCAUUGGGCAUACAAAUUCUGUAUGUACAUCUCAGACAAGCUCACUCAAAGAUUCUGUGUCACUAUCUAAACUGGGUUCUGUGGGGAGCAGCCCUCAGAAAAUGGAGGAUAUUCAUGGUAGCCAAAGCUACAGUUUACUCAACAUUAGGAGUUCCAUGAAGAGCAGCAGUCUCUCUUCUGGGAAAAGGAAGAAAAACCUUGACAAAAAGUCAAUUAAGAAAGGAAAAGUUGGUUCAAAACCAGAAUCUGGUGGCUCAAAACAAUCUACAAUAACAAGGUUCUUCAGUAAGAUAGCGAGUAAUGAUUCUCAAAGUGGGGAUGGUAUAUCUGAACAACUUUCUGAUAAUGAAAAUUCAUUUCCAAGUGAGGCUAUCACAUCUUAUGAAGAACAGGUUGAGCAGUUCAUUAAGAUAGUAAAUGUUGAUGAAUCGUCAAGAUACUAUGUUUCCUCCAUCCUGAAGAAGACGAAAGGAGAUAUUAAUAUGGCUCUGGACAUAUACUAUAGUAAACCUGAGGGUAACCUUGGUGAGAAUGAAGAGAGGUUGGUGGUCAGUAGCAAAUCGAUUCAACCUGAAUGCUGUAUCCAAAGUUGCAGUUCUGAGCUAGAGAAAAAAGUAUCAGAGAAGGAAUCAGGAAAUAUAGUUGAAGCUAAGGGGCUAUCAAGAGAUACUAUAGCUGCAACUCUUGUAUCAUUACCGCUGGAAAAAUAUUCUCCAAUAGAGCACGCAUGCUGGAAGCUUGGGCAGCCUGCCCCAUAUUUACAUCUUGCUCGGACUUUUGACCUGGUUGAGGGUGAGAAGGGCAAGAUAAAAGCAGCUUCUAUGCUGUGCAAUAUGUUUAGAAGUUUGUUGGCCUUGUCUCCUGAGGAUGUGAUACCUGCUGUAUAUCUCUGCACAAAUAAGAUUGCUGCUGACCAUGAAAAUAUGGAACUAAAUAUUGGUGGAAGUAUAGUCACAUCUGCAAUGGAAGAGGCAUGUGGGACAAGCAGGUCUAAAAUAAGGGCCAUGUACAAUAGCUUAGGUGAUCUUGGUGAUGUUGCUCAAGUAUGCCGACAAACACAGUCAUUCCUUGCCCCUCCUUCACCGCUACUAAUUAAAGAUGUGUUUUCCAUGCUCCGAAAUAUAAGUGUACAAACAGGCAGUGGAAGUAUUGUUCGAAAGAAAAGCCUUAUUUUGAAUCUCAUGCGGUCCUGUAGAGAGAAGGAAAUAAAGUUUCUUGUUAGAACUUUGGUUAGGAAUUUACGAAUUGGGGCAAUGAUGAGAACUGUUCUGCCUGCAUUGGCUCAAGCUGUUGUCCUGCAUUCCUCUCCUAACUUUUAUCAUAAAGGAACAACAGAAAACAUAAAGGAGAAGCUUCAGUGUCUUUCUGCAGCAGUUGUUGAAGCAUAUAAUAUACUUCCCAAUUUGGAUUUGCUCAUUCCUUCUCUCCUGGACAAAGGCAUUGGAUUUUCUUCAUCAAGUUUGUCUAUGGUUCCAGGAAUACCUAUUAAGCCAAUGCUUGCAAAAAUCACCAAUGGAGUCCCUCAAGCUUUAAAGCUCUUCCAAAAUAAAGCUUUUACAUGUGAAUAUAAAUAUGAUGGUCAGCGCGCCCAAAUUCACAAACUAGUUGAUGGAUCGGUGCGUAUCUUUUCAAGAAAUGGGGAUGAAACGACAUCAAGGUUUCCAGAUUUGGUUAGUGUGGUCAGGGAAUCAUGUAAGCCUGAUGCAUUGACUUUCAUACUGGAUGCUGAGGUAGUUGCAAUUGAUAGAAAGAAUGGCAGCAAGCUCAUGUCCUUCCAGGAAUUAUCUUCACGAGAGAGAGGAAGCAAAGAUUCCUUGAUCACAUUGGAUAGCAUAAAGGUUGACAUUUGUGUCUUUGUCUUUGAUAUCAUGUUUGCUAAUGGAAAACACUUAACAUUCCAGGGAACUUCUAUGAUGAGGGAAGUUUGGUAAGAUCAACUAUUUGGAUAAUUCCCCUGAUCAACUGACAGCCUCUGUAUAUUUUCUCUGUUUGUGCUCAGCUGAAUCUGAAGUAUUUUUGGUUAUUCUUGAAGUAUCAUGAUAUAAAAGCAAAGAAGAUCUCAAGAUUAAUUAGGAUUUCACAAGCCAUGAAGCUUUACUGCAAAUCAUAGUUUUUUAACGAGAAAAAAUAGCUAUGCUCCUUCUGCAGGUCAUUAGAUUCUAGAACUUGACUUAAUUGAAAACCUUCCGUAGCUGCCAUAUUGGGGAACAGAGGAAUUUUGUGUUGAUUUUUUUGUUUUUUUAUGUAGAUAUAUUUUUUUUGUGAUGUUAUGUUUUGGGAUAACUGUCACAUUUCUGCUGUGCCUGCAGUUUGUUUUUUGUUAGGUUUAACUUACAUUUAAUCCAUAGAUGUGUCCAAAUUUUUCUCUCAUUUCUGUGCAAUUAUUCAUGGACCACACACAAGGAAUUAAGAAAAAAGGCAAAACAUAAUAGAAAUGAUGGAAUGAGUACAAAAAGAAAAAUCAAAAGCUUGUAACCCCUUGUACAACCUGAGCUAUUGAGGAAUUCAAUGGAAUUGUUUCUCCUAAUUAAAACAUCUUCCUCCUAAGCAUGCAACAGAUCUUAAUACAAUCUUUUUAUGCUUACUUUCCCAAGUCUCAUUCCCUCAAAACUUCUCCUAUUCCACUCUGUUCCACAGGAACAAAGAUAAGAAAAAUAUCACUGUCCUCCCACCCUUCCUCAUAUCUAUCCAAAUGGAGUUGACAUGUCUCUGUUGUUGUUAUUAAAAGCAUUCAAGUAAUGCCCAAAACAGUGCAAAACCAUUGUCCACAAGUGCAAGCAACCAGGCUAUGAGCCCACAAAUCCCAAUCAACAUGAAAUAAUUCAAGGGAUGUUUCACUGAGUCCUCACUCAUUGUACUCAUGCAACACCAAUAUGCUCAACACCUUCCCGAGCUGCUAUCCAAAAAACAAAGGCCAUCUUUGGAGUAGCAGCAAAAUUUCAAAUUCUGACUUGGUGAAUUCUUCUUCUGAUAUUAUAUCAUGAGAAGUUUUUGCUGAAACAUCCUCCUCUUUGAAAGCCUCACAUUUGAAUCCAGCCUUCCCAACCCAAUCAGCCUGAACUCCAUAAUUUCUCUCCAUGGACUAGACCAUCUUUCAUUCCCAAUCCUGAAAUUCCCUAAUGAUCAUCAGGCUGCUACAACCUCUGGUCUCGCCUCUGCUUGACUGUGAUGAUCAGCUUCUGCUGCUUCUGUAUUUUCUCAGUCUUUACUUUCCUUCUUGUAAUGUUUUGCUUGUGUGGGGUCAAAUACCAAUGAAAAUUUAACAGAAAACUGUGACUGGAAUUACUCCGGAAGCUAAACAUGAAGGCUAGUCUGUCACAUGCAGUGGAGUUUUAUGGCUUAUGGAGACUUAAUUAAUCUUGAGAUUCUUCCUUUUUAUAUGGUGACAUUACUAGCACAAUCCAAAAUAUUUUCAAAUUCAGCUAUCAAUGUGUGCAGAAAAUAUACAUGUAUUUGUCAGUUGAUCAAGCAAGAUAUAUAAAAAGGUCUUGCCACAUGCCAACAUUUAUUUUACCAACUGAUAAUAGGACUGAUAUUUUAGUCAUGCAUCAUUCUUCAUCCUACGUGUAUUAAAAGUUAAUUGCAGUUUCCAAAAUUUUCUCAAAUCCACUGUUCUUUUUUAAGAAUGUAAAGAGUCAGUUAAUGGUCUCAAUUUGCAAAAGAAUCAGUUAUGAUUUUGAGUGAGGAUUUUGUCCUCAUUUGUUUCUGUGUUAGGUUAAAUAAUUGCUAUUAGUUGGCAUCAGUGGUGGAAGAGUUCUAGUUUUCUGGAUUCAUCAUGUUUUUAAAUCCUUAAAUAGGUUACUGUAAUAAAUCCUCUGUUACAGGCUUUUGGAUAUUCCUCUGCGUCAAAGAAGAAAAUGUAUGCAUUUCUCCUCUGGUAACAUAAUCAUUUUUUCUUUUACUGGGAAGAUGCUCCUUUACUCUUGAAGCAU